CCAGGGUUGUCCAGCUGUGGUCACAGUGGUGUGGAGCUGAAGAGUCCAUCUCUGGCUGCCUGCGUAAGCUUUGAACCUUGAAGUUGCAGAUAGUGGACGACAUCUCCAGGCCAUUAGGAAACAUCACAAAGGUGGUGGCGGGAUUAUUUUGUUUCUAUUCGGUGGCAGGGUUGCUUGCUCUUUAGUAAAAAGCGUAGUCACCUGGUGGCAGGCGCUUAACAGUGUCAAUCAGCUGGGGCUACUGACUUGAGUUGCCAGCACACAUGUACUGAUGCGAGCCUUGCUAGAUCCCCCAGCCUCCCUUGCACCUUAGCCGCACAUGAGCCUGUCACGCAAGUGCAAGACGUCUACGCUGAAGGGAAGGAGCAUUGUUGAUGCUGCCUGAUUAACUACAAAACUAUACACGUCGCUGCUCACGAUCUAAAUUUGGUGGCGGCCACUUAACUGGUGGCUUGGGCUUGCAGCAGUCUGGAAAGCAAGAUGAGUGCACUGAUUGUGCCUGAGUUCUUGCUGAAUUUUGACGUGAGCAGUGUCAGCAAGCAUGUUUGGGUGGAGUUGGUGCUCUUGCUUGUUGUCUUGUACUUCCUCAGCCAGAGGAGCUACAAGCCAGACCAGCGACCCCUCUCCCAUCAGGAGAUUGACCAACUCUGUGAGGAGUGGGUACCCGACCCCCUCACACCACCUCUCACCAAGUUCCAAAAGGAAUACAAAGCUCCCGUCCUUUCUGGUGCCGCUGGAGUGAAGACGACCGUGAAUGGAAAAGAGGUCCUGAACCUAGCAUCGACCAACUUCCUUGGGUUUGUUGGGAACCCGCAGAUUGCCGAUGCGGGAGCUGCCGCGAUUCGGAAGUACGGGGUAGGAUCUUGCGGGCCUCGAGGCUUUUACGGGACGAUUGACAUCCACAUGGAUCUGGAAGAGAAGCUUGCGCGGUUCUUGGGGACCGCCGACUCCAUCCUCUAUUCAUACGGCCUGGCCACGGCCUCGAGCACUAUUCCGGCCUUCUGCAAGCGGGGCGACCUCAUCAUUGCCGACGAGGGGUGCCACUGGGGCAUCCAGAACGGGCUGACGCUGUCGCGGAGCACCGUCAAGUACUUCAAGCACAACGACAUGGACGACCUAGAGCGGCUGCUCAAGGGCGUCAUCGAGGAGGACCGCCGGCACAAGAAGGUCCUCAACCGGCGCUUCAUCGUCGCCGAGGGCCUCUACCAGAGCACCGGCCGCGUGGCCCCGCUGCGCAAGAUCGUGGAAUUGCGCGACAAGUACUUCUUCCGCCUGCUGCUGGAUGACAGCAUGGCGCUCGGAGUGCUCGGGGCGACCGGCCGGGGAUCCCCCGAGCACUGGGGCGUCCCCGUCAGCAAGGUGGACAUGAUCUGCUGCGCGCUCGGGAACGCGUUCGCGUCGGUCGGGGGGUUCUGCGCGGGGAGCCUCCAGGCGGUGGAUCACCAGCGUCUGAGUGGGCUCGGCUACUGCUUCUCGGCGUCCCUCCCGCCCUUCCUGGCGGCCACCACCAUCUCAUCCAUCGACUACCUAGAAAGUCACCGGGAUUUGUUGUCCAAGCUGCAGCGUAACAUCGGCAUCCUUAGAAAUGGGCUGGCCAGCAUCCCCGGGCUGUUUCUGGAGGGCGACCCCAUCUCCCCGGUCAUGCACUUGCAGCUCGCCACCCCGGCUGCCUCCGACGACGAGGAACGGGAAAAGCUGCAGGCCAUCGUCGCUAGGGCACUUGACAAGGCCUCUCUCCUUCUCACGACGACCAAGCACAGCGCCAUAGAAAGGAGAAGGUUUCGCCCGAGCAUACGAAUAGCAGUCUCGGCGGGUCAUGAGGAGAAGGAGCUUGUAAACGCAGUGGCGCAGCUCAAGAAGGUCACUGCAGCAGUCUUGAAGAAAUGAAUCUGGCUAAUAAGUAUUGAUGAUGGAACAAAAUUCAAGGACAUAGCCGCGUCAUAUUGUGUGCCCUGAACAAGGGUAUUGAAUCUGCAGCUGCAGAAAUGCAUACCAACACAUACACAUACGGAC